GCACACACACAGGCCUGUUGCUGGAUCUCCCUGUCAAUCAGCAGCGAGGACACUUGCCUCAGCUGCUCCGUGGACCUGCUUCUCUCGCCGACUACCGGUGGAAGUCACGGAGAAGUUCGCUUCCGCCCUUUUGAUCAGUGUUCCACGCACGGACGACAGAAAUCUGCGGGACUCACUGACACGGUCACCGCCCACGAAGCCGCCGCCGCACAACAAGGUGCGUUGUCCUCGUGCAGUGGAGAAGUCAGAGGUGGAUUCGAAGUGUCCCAUGUCUUCGGUUCGGUGGUCUUACCUGGUUUGGCCGGUUUGGGAGGAGGCUUCGACAUUUGCGGGACUCGGAGGAGAGAAGGAGGAGAAGCUCGACAGAAGCGACGCUGGACUCGAACCCAGCAGAAAGAAGAGAAGCUGCUAAAGCUGCUGCUGCUGCCAACGAGGAAGUUCAGCGAGAGGCGGACGAGUCGCACUGCGCACGCGCACAACACCGACCUGCAACUGCUGCUAAACAGGAUGAUGAGAGAGAGAGAGAGAGAGAGAGAGAGAGAUAGAGAGAGACAGAGAGCAACAAAUGUUAGAUAGAUAGAUAGAUAGAUAGAUAGAUAGAUAGAAAGAUGGAUAGAGAGACAGAUACAAGUUAGUUGGUUAGAUAGAUAGAUAAAUGGAGAGAUAGAUAGAUACAUGGAUAGAGAGAGCAAAAAUAGUUAGACAGACAAAUAGAUAGUUACAUAAAUAUAUAGAGAUAUAGAGAGAUAGAUCGAUAAAUAGAGAGAUAGAUUGAUUGAUUGAGAUGGAUAGAUAGAUAGAGAGAGGGGGAGAGAGAGAGAUACAAGUUAGUUGGAUAGAUAUAUAGAUAAAUAGAAAGAUAGAUAGAUAAAUAAAGGAUAAAGAUACUAUUCAAAAUUAAAAAAAUGAAUAAAUCAAAUCUAUUAACAUUUGUUUCACUUCUUACAUUUUGUAUUAAUUCAUCUAUUUUGUCAGUAAACUUAAGAUGUUUCUGUUUAAUAAGUGUUCUUUCUUUCUUUCGUUCUCUCUUUCUUUCUUUCUUUCUUUCUUUCUCUCUUUCAUUCUUUGUAUCUUUGUAUCUUUUUGUUUUAACUUGUUUGUUCAUUCGGUUGUAUCACUAGUUUCACAUUUCACUUUACUUUUAUUUUGACUUUGUUUCAAAUAGCGUCUUGAUUUUCGCAAACGGGCAGGGUCCUGAGUGACGUGGCAGUUACGUCGCGGCUCCAUCAGCGAAUGAGGAGCGACCAGUGGCGGAACAGAGGGAGCACCGAGCACGGAGGAGUUGUAGAGAAAGACGUGCACGAGUUAAAUCUGCACAUAAUCUGUCGAGUAAUCAGGUUUGAUCAGUUUCACAUCCGAGCAACUUUUUGCAGCGAGGAAACACAACGAGCUGAGAUGAAGACACUGGUGGUGGGAGUGGGAGGGAUGACCAAUGGUGGGAAGUCGACUCUGUCCAAGAGUCUGCACCAGCUCCUACCCACCAGCUGCCUCAUAGCACAGGAUUCAUACUUCAAGGUAGAGCUCCAGGAGGACUCUGUCGUGCCGGUGGACCACAAUGGCUUCAAGCAAUAUGACAUGCUCAGUGCUCUCCACAUGGACACCAUGAUGAGCGACGUCCACUCGUGGCAAAGAGACCCUGAGUCGUUCCUGAGGCAGCGAGACCUGAACCCAGCGGAGACGACACCGCCCGACGUGUAUGUGCUGAUAGUCGAGGGAUUCCUCAUUUUCAACCACAGGCCUCUUAACGAUCUAUUUGACAAAAGAUACUUCCUUGAAAUUCCAUACGACGUCUGCAAGAGGAGACGAAGCUCCCGGGUGUACACCCCUCCUGAUCCUCCCGGUUACUUUGACGGCUAUGUGUGGCCGAUGUACCUGAAGAACCGGCGGGAGAUGGAGAGCAGGGUGUCUGGACUAGUGAUCCUGGAUGGACUGCAGCCAAAAGACGAAGUGCUGGACGCUGUGUGGAAAGAUGUUUGUCAGGAAAUAGAAAGACUCGAGGAGAAAGACAGAACAAGAUGAAUUCCUCUGAAGGUGGUGACCGCUUCAACGGAAAGGACCAAAGCAGUGGAUGAGAAUUACCUGAUGUUGUAGUGUAUGAAGUUCCGCAGCUGAAGACUGGAGAGAAGCUGUCAGAAUAACAGUGAACCUAUUUUAAUGGACAGUAUUACUAAGUUAGGAUACACUCUGAAUAUGAGUUUUUUUAAUGCUGAAUAUGAGACAUACAGGGCACUGAUGUGAUAUGUUACACUUUGUUCUUCUCACAGUAAUAUGUCUUUUAAUAUGUAAGGAUUUGACGUGACACAUAAUUGCUAAAGACUGUCACUAAUAUUUCUUAUUAUAAAUAAUGAUAAUUUUUGUAUUUUCCAUAAUUUGUCAAAUCCAGCCGAUGGUUUGCAACAUAGACUGUAGAUAAAGAUGGACGACGCUUCUCUACUUCCUCCCACCAUCUAGAAAUCAAGCUAAAAUAUCCCUGAUACAAUCACUGCCAUCUUGAGGCUGAAUACGUCAUUUCGAGUCAGAGUCUGUACCGCAGCCAUCAGGGGACCAAUCACAACACGGUCUCAGCUGUCAAUCAACACCAGGGAGCGAUCGAGCUGUCAUGUCGUCCAUCUUUAUACACAAUCUAUGGUUAUGCCUGUGUAUGAAUGAUGUCCUUUGUCUCCACCUUGUGGUUGGAUCAGAUACACUGGAGACAAACUA